GUGCAAUUGAAAACGUCGAAAGAAGUUCGCAAUAAUAAAAAUAAAUAAAGCAAAAGUCUAUACGAUGAUAUCUGCAGAUACGAUUUGCCUCUUGGUCACCCUCUUGAUAUUAUUUUACAUUUGGUAUCGCUACAAUUAUGGCUACUGGAAACGACAGAAUAUUCCAUUUAUGACGCCGUUACCACUGAUUGGCAAUGCUAAGGUCAUGUUUACACUGAGCAACAGUUUCUUCUUAUAUCUCUCUGACAUUUAUAAGGAUGCCAAAAUGUCAAAAGCCGCCGCAGUCGGUAUUUAUAUACUGAAUAAACCAGCUUUGGUGCUACGCGAACCGGAGGUUAUCAAAUCUGUACUAAUAAAGGAAUUUUCCAAAUUCUCCAAUCGUUAUGCAACUUGUGAUCCGCACGGCGAUAGUUUGGGAUCGAAUAAUGUAUUUUUCAUACGCAAUCCACAAUGGAGGGAACUGAGAACGAAGAUUUCACCGGUGUUCACAACAGGAAAGAUCAAACAAAUGUAUCCACUAAUGAUCGAGAUUGGUUUUGAGUUAGAAUCACAUUUGGAUUCGCACAUCAGGAGUGGCAAUUCUUUCGUUACCGAAAUCAAAGAGAUCUGUGCGCUUUUCGCCACCGAUUUGAUUGCAACAAUUGCUUUUGGUGUACAAGCGAAUAGCUUAAAAAAUCCAAAUGCAGAGUUUCGCCAGCAGGGACGAAAAUUUGUGGAGUUUACAUUGGGUCGUGCGUUUGACUUUUUCAUCGCAUUCUUCUAUCCAAAUUGGGUCACUACCAUGAAAGUAAAACUUUUUUCACCCGAGCUUUCUUCAUUUCUACGUCGUACUAUUAGUCAUGUAAUAACGGAAAGAGAGAAAAGUGGCCUCAUACGCAAUGAUUUGAUCGAUGUGCUAGUGGCAUUGAAAAAAGAGAUUAUCGCGAAACAAGAGUACAAUCAAGUGACACAAGAUAUGCUCGCAGCGCAAGCGGGGGCUUUUUUAACGGCUGGAUUUGAGGCUUCAUCUUCGACGAUAUCAUUCGCAUUGUACGAAUUGGCCAACAGAACGGAUCUGCAAGAGCGUCUGCGCAACGAAAUUUGUGAGGCGUUAGUGGCGGAAAAUGGCAAACUAUCCUAUGAGACUAUUACCAACUUACCAUAUCUGGGUAUGGUAGUAGAUGAGGUGUUACGUUUGUAUCCAGUUUUGCCCAUAAUCGAUCGCGAACACCUCCCCAAGAAUGGAGAAAGCCAAUUUGAUCUCAAACCGUAUUAUGAUUAUACAGUGCCAAAUGGUAUGGCUGUUUAUGUACCAAUUUUCGGUUUGCAACGCGAUCCCAAGUAUUGGCCCAACCCCGAUAUCUUCGAUCCGGAACGAUUCAGCCCCGAGAAGAAAAAGUUACAUAAACCGAUGACCUAUAUACCAUUUGGUAAUGGUCCUCGUAAUUGUAUUGGUGGCCGUAUGGGGUUGCUGCAAACAAAAGUGGGCUUGGUACACAUUUUAAAGAAUCAUUACGUUGAGGUGUGCGAUAAAACACCAGCGCAAAUUACUUUCGAUCCACUGUCCUUACUUUUGCAUAAUAAGGGAGGCAUUUACUUGAAUGUAGUGAACGAUGGACUCUAUGAACGGAGUGCAAAAAUGUGAUUUGGGUGGAACUCAAUAUUUGUAUUAUGGAAUAAGAUGAAAUUUUUCAAUAAAUAAAAAAUGAACUCAUGUUUGUUAAAAGUUA